GUUCCAUUCCAUGGAGAACGCAAUAAGUGUUGAAACAUUUUUAAUUAAAUAUGUUCGUUUUCCUCAUACUGCAUUCAGUAGUCAUGCUAUCCCAUUUUGGCCAAUCAGUGAUUGUGAAGAUAGAACAGGGAUGGUUGCUAGGUGAAGAGUUGGUGACGAACGGAGCUGGGUCGAAGUAUUUCAGCUUCAAAGGCAUACCGUACGCUAAGCCGCCUCUAGGUACACUGCGUUUCAAGGCACCUCAACCCGCGGAGCCAUGGAAAGGUACCAGAGACGCUACACAGCAUGGUAGCAUUUGCACCCAAUUCAACAUUUUUGAAGCAAAAAUUGUACCUGGAAGUGAAGAUUGCCUUUUUUUGAACGUGUACACUCCUAACAUCAAUCCUGAAACGCUUUUACCUGUGAUGUUCUUUAUACAUGGAGGCGCUUUUACUAGUGAUUCAGGAAACGUUGACUUUUUAGGACCAGAUUUUCUUCUCCCUUUCGAUGUCGUAGUAGUAACAAUAAACUACAGACUUGAGGUGCUAGGUUUCCUCAAACUAGACAUUAGAGAAGUGCCAGGCAACGCUGGUAUGAAAGACCAAAACGCAGCCCUGAAAUGGGUACAGAAGAACAUAAAACAAUUCGGCGGUGAUCCAAAUCAAGUUACAAUAUUCGGACAAAGUGCUGGAGGCGCAUCGGUAGGGUUCCAUAUGUUAUCACCGAUGUCAAAAGGACUAUUCCACCGAGCUAUAUCAAUGAGUGGUUGUCCACUUAAUGAUUUUCCGACAGCUUUCGAAGUCAAAAGAAAAAGUUUUAUCCUCGGAAAACAACUUGGUUGCUAUACAGAUAAUCCACAUGAACUUUUAGAAUUCUUACAAGGCGUCCCAGUUGAAAAAUUACUUAAUGUCAACACGUCGGCAAUCAUAGCUGAAGAUCAUCUACAUUUUUAUCAAGUCGGCAAAUUGUUUCAUUUUCUGCCUACAGUGGAAUUAGAUUACGGCCAAGAACGUUUUAUGAUUGAAGAUCCUCUAACAGCAUUAAAAAAGAAGCAUGUAAAUGACGUCGAUUUUAUGGCCGGUUAUACUAAUAAGGAAUUACUCUACUUGCUCUUCGAAAAUGAAGAAGAAAUUUUUAAACGUUACACAAACCAUUUUGACAUGUUUGUCCCAACGAAGAUACUACUUGGAGCUACUCCUAAAAAAGUUCUUGAAGUAGAAGAUAUUAUUAUAAAACAGUUUUUUGGAAAUAAACGAAUUGAUUUACAGGUCGUUGAUCAAUUCUUGAAUUACCUAAACGAAGCUACACUUUCCUAUGAUAUUUACAGGUUCAUGGACUACAUGACAGAAGUGGGGACCUGUAAGAGGUAUUUUUACAUAUUCACAUGUCAGACUGGAAGGAAUGCUCUUGGGAACAAGGCUUCAGCUCAUUAUGGCAUACCAGGCGCGGCGCAUAGGGACGACUUGAAUUAUUUGUUUGACGCCAAAAAGUUGAAUAUUCCAAUCGACCCCAACAGCACUGAAUAUGAGCUGGUGGUGAAAAUCAGUUCUUUGUUUACUAAUUUCGCUAAAUCCGGGGACCCAAAUUCUAAAUCCACGGGACCAAUAUGGCAAGGAUAUGGUAAAAAUAACAAGAACAUUUUAGAGAUUGGUCGAAGUCUAAAUCCUGGUUCUGCUGACUAUUCCCAUGUUUGCUUUUGGAACAGCAUCUAUGAAAAAGCUAGAAUAGUGAUUUAGGAAUCUCAAGAUGUCUUCAUUUCGUACUGUGAGAUCGGCGAUCGUUUACAAUUACAUAAACACUGUUUGACCUUUUAUUAUAAAUAUUCUUAAUUAAUAUACUUAUUAUAAUAUAUUCUCCAUCUGCGAGCAAAUAAAAAAAUACCUUUUACAAAA